CUACGCAUGUAGCUGCGAGUGUUCCGGGAAAUCACGGAGGCAUGUGCGCCUCAUCUUCAGCGGCGGGUGACGUUCUACAGAGAGCCUUUGCAGCCAGACCAGAUUGUGGCGUAUGCACUGUACAUGUGGGCGUCAGGGGGGACGUACGAGAGCAGCACGUGCAACUUCGGGAUUGGCGGAGCUUCUGGUCUGGUUGUCGUCCGCGACGUUACUGCCGCGCUGCUCCUGGUGUACGGAGAGAAAAUUGUCUGCCCGGCUGGAGUUCGUAAACUCGUCGUUGUACGGGCGUUCGCUGAUAAAGGGUUCCCCAAUUGCCACAAUUGCAUUAACUGUACUCACAUCUACGUGGACAAGCCGGCGAACACCCCAAGCGAGAACUACUACGACAGGAAGCGUUGUUUCUCCAUCGUCGCGCAGGUUGUCGUCGACCUGGACUUGCGUGUGCUCAAUGUGCACAUGGGAUACCCGGGUAACUGCCACGACAUCAGGGUGCUCCAGUUGUCCAGCCUGUGGCAGCGCACGGAAUCAGGGUCGUUGUUCCAUGGUCCCCCUCUAACACUCCCGUUCGGGGUGCAGACGAACGACUACGUCCUGGCGGACAAUGGCUAUCCCCCUUCGGAAUGGAUGGUCGUCCCGUAUGGAGGCGUCAAUCAACAUGUCGACGAGGAGUGGUUUGACAACAAGCAGAAGGUGGCGAGGGGAGCAGUGGAGAGGGCGUUCGACAGGUUGAAGGGCAUGUGGCGGUUGUUUCUGUGGACGCACAAGACGAACCUAGACAUGCUCCCGCAGCAGUUCACCGCCGUCUGUAUAUUGCACAACAUACUGAUCGACGUUGGAAUUCCAUUCGACGAGAAUCUGCUAUGGGAGGUUGACACUAAUGGUAUCCGACGACAUGUGGACCUAAGGAUCGAAGAGCCCCUUCAGCCUGUAUCAAUAAUUACGUCGACAGACGAAGCAUUGGCCCUGUGGGAUGCUAUAGCGGAACGAAUUAAACACGAUUGAGUCGUCCCGAAUGGUGGACGACAACGCGUCGAAGUGUAGUCAUUGCAGUUUGGCAGGAGGGCAGAUUCGUCGUUUCGUCCCGCCUUGAAUGGAGCGUUUGUGCGCGCCUUGGGGUUGGUAGUUUGUGUUCAAGUCUGUAGUUCGUAAGCAUCGCAAUGCGUGGUUGUGCGCGGCAGUUGUUUAGGCAGCCCAGCAAUAGGCGUUUCGGUUGUGUGGUGCUGAUACGACGCAUUGCGGGUGUCAUGUGCACCAUUUUUUAUGACACGUGGCGGGCGUGGUGAAGAGAGUGCAGGGUGGAUCAUGCGGGAGGGGCUGAAACUUGUCGCCCCUGCGUUAAAUUAUGAUGUUUUUUUGAACAAAUGGUGCUCGAUUGU